AAUGAAAGUCGUGUUGCCGUGUCACAUGACCUGCUUAUCCAAUAGAAUUGUCUAUAACCAUUGACUUCAGUCUUUCUCUUUGCAACGUGGUUUGGGGGAGAGCAGUUGGUUACUGAUUGUCUUUCGAAAUUCUUUUGAUACUACUUCUUAAAGAUGCCGGAAAAAAAGAAGGAAGUCCUCAGCUUUGCUGAAAGUUUUGGUCUCAGUGGUGCUGCAGCUAUCAUUUCAAAAACAGCUGCUGCUCCUAUCGAGAGAGUCAAGCUUUUAGUACAAAAUCAAGAUGAGAUGAUCAAACAAGGUCGUCUAACUGAGCCCUACAAAGGAGUUAUCGAUUGUACAGUCAAAACCUUCAGGUCGGAAGGUGUCCUCCCCUUCUGGAGAGGUAACUUGGCCAACUGUAUCCGAUACUUCCCAACUCAAGCCCUCAACUUUGCCUUCAAAGAUCAGAUCAAAAUAUUGUUCAAGCAGAAAAAAACAGAUCCCUACAUGGUCAACUUCUCAAAGAAUAUUGCAUCUGGUGGUACUGCUGGUGCCAUGUCCCUAUGCUUCGUCUACUCCCUGGAUUACGCCCGAACACGGUUAGCCAACGACGCCAAAUCUUCAGCUAAAGGAGGUGGAGAACGUCAAUUCAAUGGUCUUGUUGAUGUGUAUCGAAAGACCCUCAAAUCUGAUGGUUUUGUUGGACUUUACCGAGGUUUCGUUAUAUCAUGUGUUGGUAUCGUUGUAUACAGAGGGUUCUACUUUGGUCUUUACGAUACAUUGAAACCCAUUUUGUUAGGAGAUAAUGCUAGCCUUUUAUUUUCUUUCGCUCUGGGUUACACCGUCACAAUUACUAGCGGUUUGAUUUCCUACCCCAUUGAUACUAUCAGAAGAAGAAUGAUGAUGACAUCUGGACAAGCCGUGAAAUACAAGGGAUCCAUGGAUUGUGCUGUACAGAUUAUGAAGAAUGAAGGGUUCAUGUCCAUGAUGAAGGGAGCUGGAGCAAAUAUCCUGAGAGGUGUUGCUGGCGCUGGUGUAUUGGCUGGUUUCGAUAAAUUCAAGGAGGUAUACAUUUCAUGGAAAGUAGGAGCAAAGAAUUAGGAAAUUUUUGAUAAUAACUUUUAGCGAACCACUGUUUAAAGAAUUCAUCCUUAUAUAUAUAAUAACAUUUUGUUGGUGUGCAUGAAACGAGUGCUCAUGUGGCAAAAUAGAGAAAAGCUUUUGACCAAGAAGUUGUGAGAAAUUCUAAUAAUUUAUUUUAAUCACACACAACUGUUGAUUAUUUUAGAUGUAAUUUAUUCUGCUCUGUUAAAUUUAAUAUCUAAUGCAGUGUCGACUUGACUCUUUUUGUGUUAAUAUGUACAUCUUAAACACAUUUUAUUUAGAUGUAAAUUAUUCCAUUGUCAAUAGUGUAUGUAUAGUAAUAUGACAGACAGGAUAAUAUUUGUAUACAACAGCCAUAACAGGGGAUCAUUAUAUAUUUUGAACUAGUAAAACUAAUUGUUAAAUCGAAUGUAUUGUAUUAUUUGCAGUGCUCAGAGAUAUUAAAAAAGAGACUUAUGACUGA